GUUCCGUCCCGGUGGCAUCUGGCUUUGCGACAGCAUCCAGCAAGGGUCAAGUGGCAGCCGCCAUCCGAGGCUGGGAGAGUUGUAGCUACGCUACGAUGGCCGCUGGUUUGAGGCGUAGGUGCAAGGGAAUCAUCAAUGAAGAAAUGAAUGAUGAAUGUCAGCUGGGCUUUCACUCGAAGCAUGCCACUGAGAUCGGUCUCACGGAUCUUCUCCGCGGCAAUGAACCCUUCUGGACUGAGCCAGCUCUGGGAUCCCAAAGGUUCAAUCACUCGAACCUGUUGUGUUUUUGGCGCCUCAUGCCACGUGAUCCAAAGGGUCCAAAGGGCCCAAAGGACCAAACAUCCAAGAAAUCGAAGUCGGAAGAGCAAGCAGAGAUGGCGGUGCUGCGAGCUCAGCUGGAGUUGGCCAGGGCUGAACGCGCCAGAGCAGAUGAGAAGAUCCGACGUUUGGAACGGCAGCUCCUUGGAGAGGCGGAAUCUGAUGAAACGCCCAAGUCACCCAGCAAGUCACCCAGAAAUGCUGGAGUUGAUUGGGGAGAGAUGUUUCUGGACAUGUUGAUGGAAGGAAUCGGAGAUGGUUUUCCUGGAUCGAUUCGCCAGUCAGCACAGGAAGCCUUGCGUGAUGGGCCACAGCAACGACAUGACAAUCAUUGGACAGGUUCGACAGGUUGCAACUGGAUUGGUGGCAUCCGACUUGCGUGGACAUCGCCGCCAACUGUGCAAGAAGUCCAACGGCAUGUUCAAGAACAUUUCCCAAGGCCAAUUCAACCUGGUGACUCUUUGAGUAAAGUUGAUGGCAAAUCUGUGAAGGGUUUAAGCCGGCAAGACAUCCUAGGCCUUUUGCGGAAGUUCAAGGGAAGCAUUGGCUUCAAGAGAGGAAGCCAUGACAUGGCGAUCAGGGAAUCAGCCAAGCAUGCAUUAAAGAAAGGUCCAGAGAAGGAUGCCGAGCACAGCGAGGGGCAAAAUUGGAUUUGGGGGUUCCUCUUUGCUUGGACAUCUCCACCCGUGGUGCGUGAGGUGCAACCAGAGGUUCAACAGCAUUUCCCGAACCCAGUCAAUCCAGGUGAUGUCUUGCAUCAGGUUGACAACAAGCUUGUUGGCAAGCUGAGUCGCGAAGACAUCUUGAAGCUUCUCGUUAAGUACAAGGGCAGCAUUGGCUUCCAAAGUCGUCAUGGUGACGAUUACCGAAAGUCGGCCCAGGAUGCCUUGCAACAUGGACCCCAAGAAGAUGCAGAAUCUGGCAAAGGCUGUGAUUGGAUCGGCGGCAUCUUGCUGGCAUGGACGUCUCCUCCAGUGGUUCGUGAUGUGAAACCAGAGGUGCAGAAGCGCUUCCCACGGCCAAUCUCCCCUGGUGAUAUCUUACGCCAGAUUGAUGGCAAGCAUGUCAGAGGCCUGAACCGAGAGCAAAUUCUGCGUCUUUUGCAGGACUUUAAGGGCAGCAUUGGCUUCAGAAAUGGCAGCGACAUGGACGAGGAUGUGCGCAAGUCAGCCCAAGAUGCCUUGCAACAUGGACCCCAAGAAGAUGCAGAAUCUGACAAAGGCUGUGAUUGGAUCGGCGGCAUCUUGCUGGCAUGGACGUCUCCUCCAGUGGUUCGUGAUGUGAAACCAGAGGUGCAGAAGCACUUCCCACAGCCAAUCUCCCCUGGUGAUAUCUUACGCCAGAUUGAUGGCAAGCAUGUCAGAGGCCUGAACCGAGAGCAAAUUCUGCGUCUUUUGCAGGACUUUAAGGGCAGCAUUGGCUUCAGAAAUGGCAGCGACAUGGACGAGGAUGUGCGCAAGUCAGCCCAAGAUGCCUUGCAACAUGGACCCCAAGAAGAUGCAGAAUCUGACAAAGGCUGUGAUUGGAUCGGUGGCAUCUUGCUGGCAUGGACGUCUCCUCCAGUGGUUCGUGAUGUGAAACCAGAGGUGCAGAAGCACUUCCCACAGCCAAUCUCCCCUGGUGAUAUCUUAUGCCAGAUUGAUGGCAAGCAUGUCAGAGGCCUGAACCGAGAGCAAAUUCUGCGUCUUUUGCAGGACUUUAAGGGCAGCAUUGGCUUCAGAAAUGGCAGCGACAUGGACGAGGAUGUGCGCAAGUCAGCCCAAGAUGCCUUGCAACAUGGACCCCAAGAAGAUGCAGAAUCUGACAAAGGCUGUGAUUGGAUCGGCGGCAUCUUGCUGGCAUGGACGUCUCCUCCAGUGGUUCGUGAUGUGAAACCAGAGGUGCAGAAGCACUUCCCACAGCCAAUCUCCCCUGGUGAUAUCUUACGCCAGAUUGAUGGCAAGCAUGUCAGAGGCCUGAACCGAGAGCAAAUUCUGCGUCUUUUGCAGGACUUUAAGGGCAGCAUUGGCUUCAGAAAUGGCAGCGACAUGGACGAGGAUGUGCGCAAGUCAGCCCAAGAUGCCUUGCAACAUGGACCCCAAGAAGAUGCAGAAUCUGACAAAGGCUGUGAUUGGAUCGGUGGCAUCUUGCUGGCAUGGACGUCUCCUCCAGUGGUUCGUGAUGUGAAACCAGAGGUGCAGAAGCACUUCCCACGGCCAAUCUCCCCUGGUGAUGUGCUGAACUCUGUGGAUGGAGAGCAGGUUGGCCACAAGUCUAGGGACGAAAUCCUUCGAGCUUUUGUCCACUUCGACGGUCAGCUGGGCUUUCGCUCGAAGCAUGCCACUGGUCUCGCGGAUCUUCUCCGUCGCUUGGGGGAUUUGUGACUCACCAGGGAAGCAGAGAACCUCAGCUCGUGCGCAUUUCGGCCUUAGUAAGGUGCAAAAGCUCAAAAUCUGGGCAGAGUUGUAGCUGAUGGCGUUCACUGUUCGUACCAGUGCUUGAGCUGAUUUUUCAAGAUUUUGCGAUAUUUUUCUUUUGGUUGUGGCAUCGGAUCUAUUUUCAUUUGGCAAAAGGCGUGCUUUCGGGCUGUGCAGUGCCCUGCAGCACCCAUUGCUUGCACAGAGAUUGCCACUUACAGGCACGACUUUCUGCAGAGAGCGUGCGGAUUC